AUGUUCUCCGAAUAUGCUUCACGAUUUCUUGCUCAGUCACAAUCACGAAUAACACCUCGACCAGACGAAGUUCAAAGGUCAGGUCGUAGCCGCCCUGGUCAACAUCAAGGCAAUCCUCGACAUCCCUCAUCGCGUUCUUUCUUACGACCUAGCGACCCUUAUCGGUCGGGUGCAUCCCAGAUAUCUCACUUUCCUUUUGCUUCCCGUGGUUCCGGUCAACAUGCUCCUCUUUUCUUCAGUGCUACCGAUGAAUUUCGAGAGGAAGAUGACGAAACGGAACGGGAACGCGAGAUUGCUGAUUUCUAUGCUCUCCAACGGUCAAGGCGGCAUUUCGGCGAUAGCAACUUGAAGGACUCCUCUGAACUUGAGGACUCUGAACGUUCGGCAUUCGACGAGGAUAGUGCAAUGUACGAUGAUCGUCCAGGCAAUGGAAAAGGCAUCAAGAGCUCAUGGCGGGGAGAUAAAGGUGUCUCUGCUGCUCGCCCAUUCCCUAUCGAAUCUGUGGCAGAAACUGCAGAGCACGAAAUAGUAUCUACCAGUCCUAGCAGUAGCAAGGCUCGAGGCCACCUAGUUGAUAUUGGUUUGGUGGAUUCCCUACGCACUGACAAUGACGAUGAUCAGGCGUUGCCCGGUCCCGGUGCUCAGGACCCACCCGUGCAACGAUUUCGAGUCCAGACUCCAACGGAUGAUCCCUCUGCGCCCAACAUACUAGGGCCUGCAGUGGAGCAGACUGGGCUGUUGUCGUCAAAUCGCCCACGACCGCCUAGCUCGGCGAGCUCAUUCCCUACAUCGAUGUCACCCUUGGCCUCAGAGAACAUGGUACACGACGCCUUUUGGGGUCAGUUGUUCUUGAUAUCUCUUGCGGGAUUGUUUGCUUCGGCAUUUCUCGUAUAUCUUCACACAUCUACCCCAUCUGGCGACAAAUCAAGAUGGGGCGAUACAAUAUACAUGACCGUUCAUAGGUCUUUCUUUCUGCUCGCGAUAUACACGGUCGUAUCUGUCCUCGUCUCUCUUCUCUGGUUGGCCUUACUACGAUCCUAUGUGCGACUGCUGGUCCACAUGAUUCUAGUCGCCGUCCCUACUAUUUUAUACUCUUUCUCCUUGUAUUCUUUCAUCUCAAGCUUCAAGGGACCAUGGCAUGGGAUGAGUAUCCAAGACAAGGCAAUGAGAUGGGGCUCUGUGGUUCCGUUCCUUGUGGCCACCCUGUGGAUUUACAAUGUUCUUCGCGGCCGCCAGUCUAUCGGGAAAGCUAUAGGGAUACUGGAAUUUGCCUGCCGAAUAUUAGCUGCCAAUCCCGAGCUUCUUGCUCUUGGUCUGGGUGCCUUGGUCUGCGUUGUUUCCUGGACGUGGAUAUGGAUGUUGAUGUUCACUCGCGUGUUCUUGGGUGGUCAUCUUGUCAGCUCAAGAUCAUUCAUUAUUGACGCGGGUAGCUGGUGGCUCGGUAUCUAUUUCGUUAUGGUUUAUCUCUGGUCAAUCGGCGUCAUCGCGGGCAUCCAGCGUGCUGUCACGGCUGCAACCGUGAGCCAGUGGUAUUUCCACCGGUUGGCCACACCCGCACCCACCUCCAGGCAAAUCGUCCAGGCAGCCCUCGUACAUGCUACCACGGCGCUCUUUGGCACCAUCUCUGUGUCCAGACUACUGGGCUUACUGAUCCGAGUUCCUCUUCUCGUGCUACCGGGCCGCAUCUCCUCAUUGCUCAGUCUGUUUGCCUAUUCACUCAUCCCCACCCCGAUCACUUACUUGACCAAUCCCCUUUCUCUUACCUAUGCAGCGAUUCAUUCGCAGCCUCUUGCGGCUUCCUCCCGAGGCUUGAGCCAAAUGACAAUCCUUACCCCGUCAGCAGCCGCAACAUCUCUACAUUCCCGUUCCUUGCCUCGGUCCCCUGCGGGCUCGGGCACUCUUCUCUCAUACAGGCUGUCCAAAUUGAUUCUCUAUGCCGCCCGUUUCAUCAUGUCGUUGGCCUUAGGAUUUGGUGGUUGGGUGACUACUGCUCGAAACCUAACAACCUUUGCUACCGGUGGCACCAUUCGCGGUAGUCUCUAUGCCUACGUGGUAGGUCUUAUUGCGGGAACCAUUGGCUGGACCACGCUGGGUGCAAUGGAAGGUGUCGUCGCGGAUAUUGUAGAUGCGGCCGUAAUUUGCUGGGCAAGCGAAGUCGGUAUCUAUGGCAGAGAAGCUCGGUAUUGUCGUGAGGCUGGCUGGCUCUUUGGAGACUCGCCGUCUCACUUCGGACAUGAACAUCAGGACGUUUAG